GUCACGCAGUGAAUUGCCUUCAAGAUAAGGCAGUGCAUAAAUUCCCCGAGCAGAGACCGUCCCUGCAGAGCAGCCCUCCUCAGGCACAGCCAUGGCGUUCGACGGCACCUGGAAGGUUGACAGAAAUGAGAACUACGAGAAGUUCAUGGAGGCAAUGGGUGUUGGCAUGAUGAAAAGAAAACUGGGAGCCCACGAUAAUCUGAAGAUCACCAUCCAACAAAAUGGGGACAAAUUUAAUGUCAAAGAAGCCAGCAACUUCCGAAACAUAGAGCUUGAAUUUACUCUGGGAGCCAACUUUGAGUACAGCCUGGCUGAUGGGACUGAACUUUCUGGUGCUUGGACCCUGGAAGGAAAUAAACUUGUGGGCACAUUUACCAGAAAAGACAAUGGAAAAGUACUUAAAGCAACCAGAGAAAUCGUGGGUGAUGAACUCGUUCAGACCUACGUCUAUGAAGGAGUUGAGUCCAAGAGAUUCUUCAAAAGGGGCUAAGCACUUCACACAGAAACUGCACCACAAUGAAGGAACAAUAAAAGAUCAUUUUCUACACA